ACAGCACAAAGUGCAGUUUGAUUCAAAUCGUGGCUACAGAAUGAGUUCUAUUGGAAAAAUCGGAUUUCUCGGUGGCGGCAAUAUGGCCAAGGCCCUAGCCAAAGGAUUUAUAUCUGCAGGUCUCACAAAGCCAAGCGGAAUAAUAGCCAGUGUUCAUCCAGCCGAUAAAAUGUCUCAGCAAUCCUUUCAGGCGCUGGGCAUUGAGACAGUGGUAGAGAAUGUUCCGGUUGUCGAGCAAUCCCAGGUGGUCUUCGUCUCUGUUAAACCGCAUGUUGUGCCCACAGUGCUAAAGGAUAUUAAAUCGCUAAGCGCCGGUAAACUUUUCCUCUCCGUGGCCAUGGGAGUAACACUGAGCACCCUCGAGUCUAGUUUAUCGCCUGAUUCACGUGUGAUUCGUGUUAUGCCAAAUACUCCGGCUCUUGUCCGUGCCGGCUGCUCGGUCUUUGUGCGUGGCUCUCAGGCAACGGAUUCAGAUGCCGAGAUCACCCAACGUUUACUCGAAGCUGUUGGCACCUGUGAGCCCGUCGAUGAAUCCCAAUUGGAUAUUGUCACAGCUCUCAGUGGUAGUGGACCAGCCUAUGUAUUCGUUAUGAUUGAGGCUCUAGCCGAUGGGGCCGUUCGUAUGGGCAUGGAUCGUCAGCUGGCUUACCGUCUUGCCUCGCAGACAGUUCUGGGCUCUGGACAAAUGGUGCGAGAGUGUGCACCAACCCAUCCUGGACAGCUGAAAGAUCAAGUAACCAGCCCCGGGGGCUCUACGGCGGCUGCCCUAAAACACCUCGAACUGGCAGGUUUUCGAGCCGCAGUGGCUGGGGCAGUGGAGGCGGCAACAGAGCGCUGCCGACAGAUCUCGGGCAAUUAAUUUGUAGACUCACUAUACAUAUAUAUAAGUACGUGUGUAUGUGUAUAUACCUAGUAUUGAUACGUCAUGUGUUUAAAUUAAAUAUAGAAUUAGAAUUAUGUGAAAUCAGGGACCAACAAUUGUGAUUACUUUCCAAAUUCCUUAAUAAAAUUGUAAACAAAUUGUAAUUUAGUAAGGAAAAGCAGUGCCGGAUUAGAAAUUGCUACGGGAUAUUCAUUUCAUUGAAGAUUAAUUCAUUUUUCUGUGAAAAAUAGAUAACUUGACAAAAAAAAAAAUUAAUAAAUGGAAAACUGUGUAAAACUCA